UGGGAACAGGAUGCGACGCUCCAGGAUCCGGAUCAGCCAUGACCAUGCGAGCAAACCUGAUAACUCUAUGGACUGCCCGGGCCCCCUCAGGCGACUUAUUAUAUCAUAGUUUCCCCAGGUCCUGACCCAGGAUCUUGGCCUAGCAAAUAUCAUUCUUGAAUUGACAUCACCUCUUUUUCUGCCCGCAGGUUGAUCCCGGGCUUGUUCUUCUUGUUCUUUGACUCUGCUUUCGCGUGCUUCUGAGCGACUAUUUUUCUUUGCAACUGCAUCUCACAUCGGCCGGCAUCAUGUCGAGAAUCAAAUGGCUUCUCAACAAAGCUGCCGUCUCGAAUGAGCCGGGGCUAUCGAAUGCCCAGAUGAUGUUGACAAAUGACGAUUUGAGGCCAGUCGAACCCGAACGUCGUCAAUGGAGAUGGUUGAACUACAUCGCGUUCUGGAUCGCAGACUCACUGAACAUCAACACAUGGAUGAUCUCCUCCUCCAUGAUUGUUGAUGGCCUCUCCUGGUGGCAGUCUUGGCUCUGUGUCUGGAUUGGAUAUUUCAUUGCCGCAGGCUUCGUUUGUCUGACCGGUCGCAUCGGUGCUGUCUAUCAUAUUUCCUUCCCAGUGACUGUGCGAGCGUCAUUCGGAAUCUGGGGUUCAUUUUGGCCGGUGAUCAAUCGUGUUGUCAUGGCCAUUAUCUGGUAUGGCGUGCAGAGCUAUAUUGGAGGUGAAUGUGUGACUUUGAUGAUCGAGGCUAUUUGGCCCAGUUACAAGAAUUUGCACAAUAGCCUCUCUGCCAGCGCUGGAGUCGACACUAAGAAUUUCCUGAGCUUUUUCUUGUUCUGGCUGCUCUCCCUCCCAGCUCUCUGGUUCCCAGUUCACAAGGUGCGACACCUGUUCACCGUUAAGGCGAUCUAUUCUCCCAUCGCUGCUAUUGCCUUCUUCGCUUGGGCAAUCUCCCGGGCUCACGGUAUCGGCCCAAUCGUUCACCAGGGCAGCUCUGCUCAUGGCAGCACACUGGCCUGGGUAUUUGUGAAGGGCGUCAUGAGCUGCAUCGGAAAUUUUGCUGCUCUGAUCAUGAAUGAUCCCGACUUCUCGCGUUUUGCUCGUACGCCCAAAGACGCCUUGUGGUCUCAGCUGCUUACCAUUCCCAUUGGAUUCGGCAUUACUUCCUUCAUUGGCAUUAUCGUGUCCUCUUCGUCGUCAGUCAUUUACAAGGGUGACCCAAUCUGGAACCCGCUUGACCUACUUGGCAUGUUCCUCGAGGGGGCUAGCUCUGGACAGCGCUUUGGCAUCUUCGUCAUCGCCACUGGAUUUGCUCUUGCCCAGCUGGGAACUAAUAUCUCUGCCAACUCCGUCUCUGCCGGAACAGACUUGACUGCCCUGAUGCCCCGGUAUCUGAACAUCCGUCGUGGCAGUUACAUCUGCGCUGCUAUCGGCCUAGCCAUGUGUCCGUGGAACCUUGUGGUGUCAUCCAACCAAUUCACCACCUACCUAUCCGCCUACUCUCUGUUCCUCUCCGCCAUUGCCGGCGUCAUGAUUUGCGACUACUACAUCGUGCGCAAGGGCUACCUCGACAUCAAAGCGCUCUACAGCGCCCGCAAGACUGACCCCUACUACUACACCAUGGGAUUCUCCUGGCGCGCCUAUGCUGCCUACUUCGCUGGCAUCAUGAUCAACAUUGUCGGUUUUGCUGGUGCCGUUGGACGCAACGUCCCCGUCGGAGCGCAGUACAUCUACAACAUCAACUAUUUCACUGGUGUACUCGUCUCUGGCGGGACAUACUGGAUCUUGACUCAUUUCUUCCCCGUGCCAGCGACCAGUGACCACUGGAAUGAGGUUGAUAUUGAUAUCGAUGACUACGGCGUGGCGUAUGGGCAGCCAGUGAGUGACGAGGAACACGUCGGAUAUGAUCGCCGCUCGAUCACCGAUUCCUUGCCGCCCGAUGAUCAGAAGAAGGGUGCUAAUACAGCUGCGAAGAGGAUUUGAGCGUUAGUAUGUGGUUCGAUUGCUUUUAUUAUGAGGGUGUUAUCCGGAUUUCUGCGUUAAUUUUUUUGACAUGACAUACCCCGUGUGUUCGGAUUGAACGAGCUAGACGUCGAGAUCUCAAGUAUUUCGGCUUCCUACUUGAAGUCGGGAUAUGACUUGAUGACAAUUGAU